AAAUUGUGCAAUUGUUACUGUUGCUAAGAUACCGCGUCGAAGCCGCCGCCCCCAAAACAUUACUGAUUUUCCCAGAGAAAAAACAUGUGUCUUUUGUGAAAACAAGUAUUUUGAAAUAACGAGAAAUGGGUUGUUGUGAGUCCAAAAAGGAACCGGAACGGGAAGAACCCGUUCAAAGAGGGUGCACCGAUGUGUUUUGGUUGUGUUUGUACAUUGCGUUUUGGUUACUAAUGGUUUUAAUUGCGGCAUUCUCCUUCGUCUAUGGCAAUCCCAUAAGGAUUAUAAACGGCUAUGACUCAUUUGGUAACAUUUGCGGUACAAAAAAUAACAGAAAAAUGUCCAGUUUGGAAGUAUCAGGACUAGAUACUUCGGACAAACCAUUUUUACUUUUCUACGACAUUAAAGAACUGAAACAGUCAUUGAAGAUAUGCGUAAAACAAUGUCCAACGGAGACUUUAAAGAAAGUAGAAGACAUCCACAAAUAUUACCAAAAAACAGGUGUCAGUUUGUGUAGAUAUGAUUUUAAUUAUGACGAUUUUAAAAAUAAGAGUAUUGCGAAUAAGGAGAUUCUUAGUAGUUAUUUGGGGCCGUGUCCUGCUCUCCCCAUUUACGAAAGCACCCCAGUCCUCAACCGUUGCGUUCCUAAAUCGUUCCAAGAGGCAAGCGAAGCUAUUUUGAGCAAUUUUUAUGAAGCUCUGAACAGUUGGGACACACUUGAGCAAAUUUUAGGCGACAUAUACAGCACAUGGAAGGAAAUCCUCUAUUUAACGUUUUUAUCACUAUUUUUGUCACUUGUGACAAUCUCAAUACUGCACCUACUGGCCCAUUUAGUGUCUUACAUAAUCAUGAUUUUGUUCACAAUUGCGAGCAUAUUGGGGACCGCGUUUUUGUGGUACACUUACUUUGAUAUUAAGUAUGAUUUGGAUAAAACGAACAAAAACAUGCUUUUGAUGGAGUCAGUUCGUAAUGAAACGGCUUUUUUCUGGUAUUCAAUCGUGGCCACUGUUAUCACAGUCGUUAUUUUAUUAAUUGUUGUUGUGAUGCGAAAACAGGUGAAUUUUUUGGCCGACUUGUUCAAAGAAACUUCUAAAUGUUUACUUCAUCUCCCAGCCCUGUUUUUCCAACCGAUUUUAACAUUUAUUAUCCUUGUUUUAUUCUUCAUGUUCUGGAUUUUCGUCGUGUUAUGCUUGGCCACUGCUUACUACCCUGGAACCUCUCGUAUUAAUCGCUUCUCUAAUGAAUCUUUCACCACUCCUGUGAGUAACACGGAGCCGGUGGCCAAGCUGGGCAACAUUUCGUUGACAGAAAAAAUUCUUGAAAAAAUGACAGUUGUCGAGUUCACUGACCCAACUUGGGUGAAAUACAUGUGGUGGGUCUACUUCAUCGGUCUCAUAUGGACCUGCGAGUUUAUCAUGGGUUGCCAACAAAUGGUAAUCGCAGGGGCGGUCGCCCAUUGGUUCUACCGGCACAAAUACAAAGACAACUCGCACGUGUCGUACGCCAUUUGUAAAUUAAUAAAGUACCAUUUAGGGUCGGUGGCGAUUGGAUCACUCUUGAUAACGAUUUUCAAAGUCCCGAGACUGAUUUUAAUGUUUUUGCAUGAAAAGCUGAAAUACAAUUCGGAUAAAGGCAGCGAAUGCGCAUCUUGUUUUCUGAAGUGUUGCAUUUGUUGUUUCUGGUGUUUGGAAAAAUUCAUCCGAUAUUUAAACCACAAUGCUUAUACUGUUAUCGCCAUCGACGGGGUUAAUUUCUGCUCAGCUGCGGGGACGGCGUUUCAAGUCCUGUCAUCGCACGCCCUGCAAGUGGCCACGAUUAACGGUCUGGGCGACUUUAUUCUGUUUUUGGGCAAGUGUCUCGUUACGGUCCUAACUGGUUGUGUAGGCCUUUUCAUAUUUCGCCGGAACCCGGAUCUGGAAUUUUACGCCGCCCCUACUUUGGUUGUGUGCAUUUUUGCCUUUUUCGUGGCCCAUUGUAUUCUCUCCUUGUAUGAGAUGGUCUUGGAUACGGUUUAUUUGUGUAUUUGUCAAAACGGGGAAAGUGUAGAAGGGAUUCAAAUGGAAAAUCUUGGAGUUCGAAAUGUUGGCAAUCUGAAUGCGCAACCAAAUGAGUUGGAACCAAUCAAGUAAUCGGUUCUAAUGUUGGCAAAAGUGCUUAAGUUUACUGCAAGGGUAAAAGAAUUGCAACUGUUUUAUGAUGUACUAAGCUAUAAGUCUGUAUUUAAGGCAGCUUUAAUUUUUUUAAUAAUGUAGGUGUAGAAUAGAUAAAUAUUUAUAUUGACAUUAAUUGGUGUAUAAAUUAUGAAACAUUGCGUAAUUAGGCUCUAAAAAUAUUUAUCUUCCAACUUGUAGACCAAAAAAAUAUAUAAAAAACAACGCUGCCCCCUGUAAUGGCCUAAACUGAUACAAUUAAAAAUUCACGCACUUAAUAUAGCAGAAAAUUAAUCGCACUAAAGACUGUUUCAGAGAUUUUUACAUUUUGAGAUUUUUAUUAACAAAUAUACUCAUUAUCUGUUUAUUGGACCAACAGGUUGUGAACAUUUUUAAUUUAGAUCAUAACAUUUCUUAUAGCAAUAUUUUUAUAAGAAUUGAAUUACUAGCACCAUUCCCACUUACGCACCUAGGAGCAAAAAGUAUUUUUAUAUGUAUGUUGUACAAAAAACGCGCUGUUUUUAUAAAUUUUAAUGAAAAUAAACCUGUUACAAGCAACUCA